CCUUCACUCUCAUGAACGGCCUUGACGCUUAUGGAGACGACUCGCAAAGCGACUCGGAGGACAAGGUUUCAUCCUCGAAAACUGUGGGAAUAUAUCUAAACAAUGAUAAGGCGCUGAAGAGUGUAUCAAACUCAUCCUCAGAUGCCAACUCAGCCCGCCUGCUACCCAAGUCUCAAGUAAUCAUUCGUCGGCCUUUGCAGCAGAGAGGUCACCCUCGCGCCCAUGUAUCAGAUGACAUCAUAGGCAGUACAGAAAGCCUUCAGACUUUCAGUCCAGCAUCCGCGCCUGAUGCGUUUCCGAACAUGGAACAGGUCGAAUCUGGAUCUCCGGAGGCAACUGAUGAAAUAUCUCAUCUCCGACAAAUCUUGAGACCACCACCAAUUCCAGGUAUCAUCGACUGGGGUAUUCCGCCAGCAUCUUCAUCCCCCUAUGACCCGGCAAUUCAGACCAAACUAGCACAGUUUCACGCUUUAAAACAAGAUUCUGAUCAUCCCAAGCAUUUCAACGACUCUCUCAUGUCCAACCGAUCCUUCCGCAAUCCCCAUCUAUAUGCUAAGCUGGUUGAAUUUGUGGAUGUCGAUGAGCGCACGACCAAUUUUCCAAAGGAUAUAUGGGAUCCAGAUGACAUGCAGCCUGAAUGGUUUGCGGACAGUAUCGCCGCACUGCAAAAAGCUCGCUCAGAGCAAGCUGCUUCCUCCCAGUCGAAGCGAACGCAGAUAAAUUUUACGACUUCUGCAAGGGCGCCACCCCAUCUUCCCACUCAUGACAAGGUGGCUUCACGGCACAGUAGCAGAUUUCAUCCUUACUCUCGUCUGCGCUGAGCUCGAUAUCCUCGUGAAUCUGUAUAUUACCACAUAUCUCUAUGUCACUCUCGCCCUUUAGCAAGGUUCCUGAGUUGCAUCAUUAGUCCCUCGCCAAACGGUUCAUCUUUACAUGUGUGACUAUGAUGAUCAACACUAAACGCACUGCAACUUCCCUGGCAAAACUUACUUCGCUGUUAAUCAUUCUGGGUUCAGCGACAAUAUCGUUGUUUAAUGUCAACUCAAUCAAGC